CACCAAUUAAAGUGUUCAAUGUAGCCAUCUGAGUCUGAAAAGUACCUUCGUUUCCUCACCAGUUUUACGCGCCAGAUUCACCACACGACAUGCCUCCCAAGCUUGAUCCAUCUGCUGUGACUUACUGUUAUUUGAGAGUUAUUGGAGGUGAAGUUGGGGCUACUUCAUCGUUAGCACCUAAAAUUGGUCCUCUUGGUUUGUCACCAAAAAAGGUUGGCGAUGACAUUGCAAAGGCCACUCAAGAAUGGAAAGGACUACGUAUAUCUGUCAAACUGACAAUUCAAAAUCGACAGGCAACAAUAAGCGUCGUACCAACGGCUUCUUCCCUUAUUAUCAAAGCCUUAAAGGAAGAGCCACGCGACAGAAAGAAGGUAAAAAAUAUCAAGCACAAUGGGAAUCUUACAUUUGAUGAGAUUUUGGAGAUUGCACGAACAAUGCGUCCCAGAAGUAUCGCUCGUGAACUCUCCGGAACAGUUAAGGAGGUUCUUGGUACUGCCCGGUCAGUUGGUUGUACAGUGGAUGGUGAAUCUCCUCAAGUCAUUAUUGAGAAAGUGAAUGCUGGAGAAAUUUCUGUACCUGCUGCUUAAACUUCAAUAAAUUAUUGGGCAGUUCAUCAGAAUGAGAACUGGCUCAAAGUGUGUUAAACAUCAGAUGAUAUUCACCAAAUAGAUUGUACUUUUCCAACAUGAUCAUUACUGUUGUUAUUCAAAUAAUUUUGAAGUGAGUUUGUGUGUUCUUUCCUCAUUUUUUUAGCCUACAAGCUUGACCAUGCUAAUAAAAUGUUGAGUUGAUGCCUUUCUAGUUUACUUAUAUUUUCAAAGGUGCUCAGUUUUUGAAAGUGAUAACUUCUCCACUCAUGCUUCAAUGAAAGUAUUGUCACCAACUGGGAUAUAGAAAAACCUAAAUGGUGGGUUUGAUAGAGGUCAGGGAAUACGCCUCUUGAUCGCAAUAGAAGCCACCUUUCAAGCCUGUAUUCAAGUGAAAAUAAUGGUGAUGUGGUAGUGUUCCAUUAUAUUUCUUAAAGAAAAGAAAAACCAAGAUUGAAAAGCAUAGCAUAUUCACGCAUUCUUGAACAACUUCAAUUUGUGUUUAGUUUCAUUGGCUACUAAUGAGUAGCAUAUGAAGUUGUCCGAAAUUAUGGGAAAUCGUAAGCAUACUACUUAUUUACGAUACGAUUUUCUUCGUUAGGUGUCAAGUUAUAAUGUAAUAUUUUGCUAUUAGGAUAACAAAUACAGCUAAAUUACUUGUUUUGAGUUUUUCUACAAAGCAUUGACUAGUGUGCUUCACCAGUUAAAGUGAGUUAGCGAAACGUUUGAUAUCAGAUGUUAAUAGUGCUAAAUUACACUUUUACAGAGAAUAAAAAUCACCAGCCAUCGCAUUCCUAUUGAGCAGCUGGUUAUGCCCAUCAUACCUAUUGAUCUUCAGUUCCAUCCUAUUUGAUAUAUCAGUUUGAUCUUUUGCAUAACAUUUACUGCCUGUAUAGAGUCUCCAAGUAAAUAUUCAUCGGC